AUGAACAGCAACGCCCGCUUUCGGGGUGCCGCCGCUAAACCGCCUGGACAGAACAAGUCCCCUACGUCUUCUACCGCUGGCCAGCCUUCAUCGCCGACUGUACCGCACGCCCCUCAGAGUCAAGCUCCCGUCAAGGCGCCAAGUGUCCCGCCUCUGCCCAACUCUCCUUCUCUUGCGCAGACGAUUGGUAUGGACGAUCAGGGCGGUAUGGCUAACGGCGACGAUCUCCUCAACUCCUACCACCUGCCUCGGCCCAUGCCGAUCUGGCUCAACACCAACUAUGGCAAGCACAUCGUCAAGGGCAACUUCAUGACCUUGAGUGCGAGACCCAAGACGGUCGAGCAGGGCGAGUGGAUUGCUCACCAAGUCGUCGAGCAUUAUAGAAAUUUGUGGAACUUUGUCCGUGUUCUCCACGAGAAGGAAGAGGAUGGCACGACUAUCUGCAACGCGACAACCUGUCCCAGAAUGUCUGCCGGAGUUAACCACUCUUUCACUUGGUUGAACAGCCGCCGAGAGCCCGUCGAACUUCCCGCUUAUGAAUACAUGACUCUUAUGCAGAGAUGGAUCUCGGGCAAGAUCGACGACACCAACAUCUUCCCUACGGAUCACUCCGGCGUCUCCUACGCGCACAACCCUGCCAUCACCACAACGCCGCUCUCCCAGCUUACGAACCCGGGCGAGCCCGACUGGAUCGGCAAGCGCUCUGGCUUCCCCCAGAACUUCAUCGACGUGUGCCAGACCAUCUUCCGUCAGAUGUUCCGCGUCUACUCUCACCUCUACUGGGCCCACUUUGUCGAGCCUUUCUACCACCUCAACUUGGAGAAGUCUCUCAACAGUUGCUUCAGUCACUUCAUCCUCACCGCCACCGCGUUGGACAUGCUCAAGCCCCACGAGCUCGAGCCCAUGCAGCCCCUCAUCGACCUCUGGGCUGCCAACGGCACCUUCCCUCCCGAAUCAAAGGCGUAUGAGUACGCCAAUCUCAGAGCCGGCGAGCGCCUCAUGCAGUUGGCUGGCGGUUCCUAA